AUGACUCCCAGAACAAAAUCAAACGGGCUCGCCUCGCUGGCUUGUACCGAGUGCAGGAAACAGCAUCUAAAAUGUGAUGCCGGCAAACCAUCCUGUGCACGAUGUGAUCAGAAUGGGCUUCCCUGCCAAUAUCUCCCCUCCCGACGAGGCGGCCGGCGGAAAUCCCGACAAGAGAGUCCAUACUCCCGUCCAGUGAGCCCUGUCCCCGUAUUGCCAAUUACCCCUGCGCAGUCCACGGGAAACCCUCCAGGAGAAACGCAACUGAGGAUCCCCGCUGAGGCAGGUUCUUGGCCAGCGAUGCUCCCUGGAAACAAUGUCCAGCGGCCUAUAGAAUCAUUGAGUAAGCAUCCACUCUAUGAUGAGCGUUUGCCCCGUGUCUACUACGAGAACUUUCAUGUCGCCCACCCGAUCCUGGUACCAAGCUCCAUGUACCAUGAUCGAAAUUACCCUCGCUUCCUCCAGCUAGCAGUGCAUUUCGUGGGCUCUCACUAUAUCUCUUCGGUGUCCAGUCAACCCUAUAAAGAGCAAGUCCUCGCCGAGCUGAAGACCAGCCCAGACCGAUCGGGUUGCAUGGUCCAGGCUUGGCUUAUAUAUUCCAUCGCUCUAUAUGCGCGCGAUGAAUGGGAAGAGGCACAAGAGGCGCUCUCUGCCAGUGUCGAUAUUGCUUUAGAGCUCGGCUUGAACCGCUGGUCAUUUGCUUCGUCUGCGAACCCUGAAAGAUCCAUUGAGGCCGAGAGCAUGAGAAGGACGUGGUGGGAGCUAUAUGUCACCGAGAUCUUCAUGGCUGUUCCUUUCAAAACCACCUCCUUCCGGUGCAGCGCGGUCUCGCCAGAGGUUGGACUUCCCUCCGAAGAGAUGGCUUAUAAUAGCGGUUCCGAGGUUUCGAAACCUCGACUGAUGAUCGAGUUCAAGCGAAGGAUUCUCGCUGCAGAAGAUACUGUCUUCUCCUCUUUCAGCUACCGUAUUGAGGCUACUACCAUCUUAUCCCGCGUCCUUGUGCUGAACCGCAUGCGAGACUGCCACCGGGAUCAUCUCCAAGCCGUCGAGAAUGCCCUGGUAAGCUGGAUAAAUCAUUUGCCUGCCAAAAAGCUCGACAUUGUCGAUUCGUACGGAAACGUCGACGAGAUGAUGUUCCAAGCACACCUGACAAUCUCCUAUGCCGCCAUGCUCCUACAUCUCCCUCGCAGUGAUCUUCCCGCUGUCCUAUCCCAGUCCCAACCAGACGACAGAUUCUGGUCCGGUCUAACAGGCCAACUAUCGUCAACCUUCAGCCGCUUAGUCCACAGCAUCAAAGCCACCGAGGCCUCGAGACGCAUCUCCGACUCCAUCUCCAUCUGUCCCAACGUCUCAAAACACACCCCAUUCAUCAUUCCCGCCUUGGCUCUCUGCGGCCUGAUCCAGCUCGCCACAUCAACCAGUCAUUCUGAAGAAUGUUUCGAUCACCAUUGCAAUCGAGUCACCCUCAUUCUCGGAUGCCUCAAAAGCACCCAGCGGACCUGGAAACUCACCGAGUCCGUCUACCACAGCCUCCGAUCUUCUGCAUCAGAGGUCCUAUCUGACUCCAUGGCAAAAUGGAAUACAGAGCCGAUUCAUCGCUUGACUCCCGCAGCCACAACUCCCAGCGACAACCGUCCAAGCAAUGCCAACCCAGUGGCUGCCAUGCCGGACGGUCACGACUUCAUGCCGCCGGACUUCAUCCCUGCUUUCAUUGAUCCAUCUUGCUACAACGCUUCCUUUUUCAGCGCCAUCCCUGAUUUCGAUAUUAAUUAA